AUUUUCCUGUUGUCUGGUCACACUCUGCUGCGGGCGAACAACUAGUUCAACUAGUGAAAUUUGUAUCUUGUAUCUGUUAGUCAUAAUUCAGUUAACUGAUUCUGAGUUUAUUGACAGCCAAUCAAAUAAAAUCGAAUCAAAAGUAAAUGUAAAAGUCCUCAAUUGUCGAAACGAUCCUAUACGCAUGUAAAAGUUCACGUAACAUAUUGGUUCACGACUGGUCUCGGAGGCACCGCCGCUAUAACAAUUUACGGCUUAGGACGCGUUAAGCAUUUUAUCUACAUACACUUUUGUAGAAGUGCGAGUGGUGUCAGUGUGUGGUUCUUUAAGUAGAAAAAAUCGCAGUUUUCUAAAAAUUUUAAAUAGCAAAAUAUACCAAUCUUGAUUUUUUUAUAACUUAUUUUUAAAGAGGUAGCAAACUGCUGCAAAUGUCAGGCGUGGAUCAGAUGAAAAUAUCAGGAAAUACAGCAAAAUCGGUUGAGGAGCGUAAUAUACCAUGGAGCCAACAAGUUGAUGAGGCAUCGUAUGAAAAUUUAUCUUCUCCCAACGAUGAAUUCUCUGUACAUGAAAACUCGAUGCAAUUCCAAUAUCCGCCGUUUAACCUUAAAGAGAACUAUAAUUUACCAUGGAGUAACAUGAAGGGUCGACAAAUUUCUACAGACCAUGAUUCAUAUAAAAGACAUGGACAUAGUAUUAUUAAUAAUACACGACGAGACGACCACCAAAUACCUUCUUGGAAUCCAAAAAAACUGUUUGAAACGAGUUGUGCACUGCAGCCAAAUCGUAAUGAAAACGAAUACCGGUCAACGCAAAUUGACAACCGCACAUGCGAUGAAGCAGAAUUUCAUGGAGCUGUGGCAGCACCCAAAAAGACAACCUGGGCGUCUAUUGCAUCGCAGCCGGCUAAACUGUCAUCAAGAGCUGCAUCGACUACUUCCAAUCAUAAAAAAAAGGGUCCUGGUAUGCCACCACCACCAAUGGUACCCGGAAAACACAAUUUAGAUGUUAAUGUAUGGGACUUACCAAACAAUAAGCCACCGCCUGUACCGACACCAACAUCACCGAUUGAUUUGGUUUAUUCUGAUUUUAACUCGGAUUUUUCAAAAUCAUCCAACACAGAGCCUCUUCUAGGGGCACGAUCUGAAAAGGCUUAUAAAGACUCGGAAAAUUUGCAUAAUUACGAGAACAAAAGUUUGGCUAACAUAAGUAAUUCCAGCAGAAUAAAGGUAUCUCCAAAAUGCCAAACUCGCAAAAAUUUGGGAGCACAUCCGGUACAUCAGCCAGUAGGUCCUCAAUUGAGUAAUUUGGAAACUCACGGGUCAUCUAUCCGACGACCCGAAGGUGUUAAUCUUACAAAUCGGAAUACUGACCGUACAGGCAGCUUUUCUAGUUCCCGCAGUGAUUUUGAAAGUACAUCCAAGUGUAAAUAUCUGGAUCAAAACAGUUCUCGACCAAUAGAACCGCCUGUAACUGAAGAGAUUCCUGUUGAUCCACAAUUACUGUUGGAAGAAUUAAAAGACAAAAACAAUUACAAUCCAAAACUAAUGGACUUAAACAAAGCCACAACAGCACGUUUUUUUGUCAUCAAAUCGUAUUCUGAAGAUGAUAUCCACCGUAGUAUAAAGUACGAAAUUUGGUGCUCAACUGAUCAUGGAAAUAAGCGAUUGGAUGAUGCUUUCAAAGAGAGACAUAAAGAAGGUGGACAUAUUUUGCUAUUCUUUUCUGUGAAUGGGUCUGGCCAUUUUUGUGGGAUGGCGCAGAUGAUGACUCCAGUAGAUUACAAUUCUACUUCAAGCGUUUGGUCUCAAGACAAAUGGAAAGGCAAGUUUAAGGUAAAAUGGAUAUAUGUAAAAGAUGUACCUAAUACGAAACUCCGCCACAUCCGUCUGGAAAACAACGACAACAAGUCAGUGACGAAUUCUAGAGAUACCCAGGAAGUGCCAAAUGACAAAGGCAUUGAGGUGUUACAAAUAUUGCACUGCUACAACCAUAUUACGUCCAUUUUCGACGAUUUUUCUCAUUACGAGAAGAAACAAGAAGAAGAAGUCUCUUCGAAGCGUCCGCCAAUGCAUGUCCAUGAUGGCAAUAAUCAUGUCAAACCACCUUUAAGUCGCAGUUUUAGUCGAAACUGUGACAAUAAAGAAAGGGAACGCGAUAACCGCGGCAGUGUCAUGUCCCAAAAACAUUUCAUCGCUGGAGGAGCUGGAGCUAGUUUCCGUAAUGUAGUUCAUAAAAGUGCCUCGGGAAGCGGGGGCUUUAACAUCAACUACACUGAAUAUCGUCGUGGCUUUGACAUAAAAAAAACUUUUAGUAGUGGUUAUCACUUAAAAAAUAGAGAAACCGUGGAAUUUGAGAGAGAAAACGAAUGUGGAACUCAGCAUGUUUCGAAAAACAGAAAAAAUGAAUAUCAACAAAAUAAUGCCAUUAAAAGCAAUUUAAAGAAUCGUGAUCGAGAUUUCAGUACUGAACAAAUGAAAAUCGACGUACGCUUUCGUACUGGUCUGUGCACAUCCAAGGAUAUGACAAGAAACACUGAUAAAGGUCCGAAGCAAUGAAUAUCAAUUAAGCAUAAGUUUGCCAAGAUUCAGUAAGAUUAUUUUUCCAAAUAAUAUUGAAUGGAUGGCUCCCAUAAAUCUACGAAAUUUUAAGAUGUAAAAGUUUAACAUUUUUUAACUAUUGUGUGUAUAGGAAAAAGCCCAUUUCAUGAUAAAUAUAGAAAAUAACACCAAACAAGUGGGAAUUAGGAUAAAUGAUUAAAAUAUGAUUUUUUACGUAAUUAUUUAUUUUAAUAUUUAUAUAAAUCUAUUGACGCUCACAUUGAACAGGACAUACUAAAACUAAUGACCGAUUUGUACAAGAUUUCAAAACAUCAAGGAACUUUCUUAUUUCAUUCCUUGUAGUUGCACUGUAACAAAUUAUAAGAGUUAUCUGAAUCUAAAUAAUUUUUACACGACCUAUGUAUGUAUAAUAUAAUUAAAGCAUUCAAUUAAUCAUUUUCUGAAGUUUUUAUGUUCAACUUAUAAUACUAUAUAAUCGACAUUUGUCUAAAGAAAAUUCACUAGAAAUUGAUAUUACUUAUUGAAGUACAUACUUCACAGCAUUUCGGGAAAAGGCAACAUUUUUGGAAUGAGUGAAAACAGAAAGGUGAGGUACAAAUAUGGUUUAUAGAUUUUAGACCAGAAGUUAUAAACAAAAAAUCAAUACUGUCAUGAGUCUAAUACUCUGACUUCGCUAGAUUUUAAUAAAUAAUGCCUAAGUAGAAGACUGAUACACAUUAAUAAAAAAAUGUAUGUAUGUGCGGAGGACUCACAUUCGAAACUAGAAAGUCCACAUUAUAUUCUAUUGACAGAUAUGUUUUCCUGUCCUUUGGGACUACUUUCGCCUAUUCAAUUCCAUAAUAGAUCACUUUCGAUUAACAAAAAAAUUAUGAACUGUUUUAAAAAUGUAUUAUAUAGAUAUAGUGUUUAAAAUAAAUGAAGUUAAAACACUAGUCGACAUUCGACUGUAACAUA